AUGGGUGAUCAAGCAGAGACAACCGCUAAGGCGCCAAAAGUUGCGAUCAUUGGUGCUGGUCUGACGGGGUUAUUGGCCGCUCAAGGACUUAAGAAGAGAGGCUUUCAAGUUGCAGUCUUUGAUUGUGAAUCCGGGAUUGAUUCUCGCCCACGAGAUUGGACCAUUGUCUUGCACUGGGCCCUGCCUACUCUCGGUGAAUUAUUGGAUGACGACGUCAGGAACGAGUUGCCAAAGGCUAUAUGCAAUCCCUAUUUGGAUUUCAACGACGACGUGGAGUGCCUCCCAUGCUAUAACGGUAAUACAGGUGAACUGCUAUUCAAAAGCGCAUUGCCAGGGUCUAGACGCGUUUCACGACAACGUUUACGAAAAGUUCUCAGUCAAGGAAUUGACGUCAAAUGGAGCAAAAGACUUGUCGAACUGAAAUUUCUUUCCGAUAAUAACAAUGAAUGCACGGAUGAAGAGAGCCCCGUUCAGCUGCUUUUCGAUGAUGGGGCUAUAGAUAUUGCCGACUUCGUGCUGGCUGCCGAUGGAGCUUCGUCAACAAUACGCGAGUUACUUCUCGGUCCCGAGGCAGCUCGCGUUCAACUUGCCGGCUUAAUGUUCGCUACUGGAGUCACCCAUUAUCACGAUGCCGACAAAGUUGCCGCCGUGGUUAAAGCUCACCCCGUGGCCGCGAUUACAUUGGGAAUGGAGUCCAUAGCAGGGUGUGGUGUUCUGCAUGUAGAAGACCAGGCUGACAUGUCCACUUGGACGACAUUUUGGACUAAAAUAUGGCGUGGGAGCUCGGCUGACAUGCCCAAAGAUCAAAGCAUGGUGGAAUAUAUCAAAGAUACUACAAAGGAUUUAUGCGAGCCAUUCCAAUCACUGGUUGACUGGACACCUCCAGAAAGCGCAUGCUAUAUCGAUGAAAUGAAGUACUGGGUGCCGGUAUCGUUCGAUAACCAUGCCGGAAGAGUCACCCUUGUUGGAGAUGCAGCUCAUCCCAUGUUGCCUUUCCGCGGGCAAGGAUAUCAACAUGCGAUCACGGAUAUCAAAAACUAUGUUGACGCUCUGGUAAGAAUCAAAUGCGCGCCAAAAACCAGCGACAGAAAAGAAAUGAUGUCUGCCUUUGACUCAGAGAUGAUUGAGAGGACUGGAAAGGCAGUCAAGCAGUCUGUGCAAGAAGCCGAGUACUCGAUGAACAUGGAGACCGUUGGUAAAAUGUUGAUGGCUACUCAUGGGCACGGUCGGUCGGCUUAA